GGCUGUCCCACGGUGACUGUGUCUCAAAAAAGGACCUGGACACCCACAUGCUCGAAAGUCACGGCGUUUCCAGCGACGGCAAAGACUUUCUUGACGUGCCGAAUCCGAACCUAGGACCCGCCAAGAAGCAUCCCGGAACAUUUCAGUGUACCCUCUGCCCGAUGCGGUUUAUUCGCACGCAUAAUUUGCCGUCGGACGAGGCAAGCAGCAUUGACUGAGUGAGGCGGAUCGAUUGGUCGGUGUCAGCGAACCUGGACGCAUCAACAGCCAUGUAAACCGGUCCGAGCAGUCGCAGUGGCCGCAGGAGGCGGGUAUUCAGGUGGUUGAUUCCAUCGCCCAAGGAGAAGCUUACCGCCUUGAGUCAGAUCAUGC